GGCAUGAUGGCCUUCCAGGAUGAGGAGAAGUUCCGCCGAAACCGUGAGCUGGAGUUGAAGCAUGGCCGCAUUUGCAUGGUCGCAACCAUCGGCAUGAUCGUCCCGGAUCUCUUUGGCAGGUUUAGCGGCUACCUGUCCCCAUCCAUGGACUUGAAGUUCACUGAUGUCCCUUGCACCAUCGAGGCCAUCUACAAGGUCCCCGCAGCGGGUUGGCUGCAGAUCUUCGCCCUGGCGGGUGCCAUCGAGGCCAAGAACCUGGCCUUCCCAACGAAUUACGGCUACCCCCCCUUCUGGGGACAGAUCAACAAGUUGGAGCCAGAGGAAAAGCAGAAGAAACUCCUGGCCGAGAUCAACAACGGGCGCCUGGCCAUGAUCGCCAUGGCCGCCAUCGUGGCGCAGAACGGAGCCACGGGGCAGAGCUUGGUGGAGCAGUUCACCACGGGCAACUUGAAUCCUUACAUUGGUGGCUACGCAGUCAAGGAGACUGGCGACCGCCUGGCGAUGAGGGCCAACAGUGAGGCUUUGCCCUGGGCGCCGGUGCCUGAAGGACUCACCAACGACAUCUUUGGCCCUUAUGUGGGCGAUGCCGGCUUCGACCCUGCAGGCUUCGCCAAGAACCAGCGGCUGCUGCCAUGGUACCGCGAGGCCGAGCUGGCUCACGGCCGUGUGUGCAUGUUGGCCACCCUGGGUUACACCGUCCAGACUUCCGGCGCGAAGUUUGAGCCCUUCAUCACGCGUUAUCCGACCGACUCUGCGGACCCUCUGAAGGCGGCCACUCAGGUGCCCAUCAUCGGAUGGUUGCAGAUCUUGGUGGUCAUCGCCCUUUCGGAGUUGUGGCGCUACGAGAACGUGAUCACCAAGUACAGCGAAGGUGUUCAGCCUGGUGAUUUGGGCUGGAACCCCACCGCUCCCAUGAGCUCCAAGCGCCCCAAGUGGUUCGGACCCACCUUCACCGCCAACUACAAACCGGAGGAGUGGAACAACAUGCGCCUGCGAGAGAUCAAGCACUGCCGCUUGGCCAUGGUGGGUUUCUUCUUCAUGGUCUUGACCAACGCCUCCACGGGUCAGGGCCCAUCGUUGAUCCCCAACUUCACCCAGGCGGAGUUCCAAUCCACCGUGGGCGAUUUCAUCCCCAAGGGUCUCUGAGUGUCGCGUUUUAGCAGCAUCGUCGUUAGCCAGGAGAGUUCCGCAGCCGGAAAUCAAUGGAUGAUGGGUG